AUUUUCAUAGAUUUUACCCUAGAUACAUACACUUGACAACCUUUCAAAUCUUUACAAUUUAGUGGAAACCAUUGCCUAACUGCUGCUCCUAAGCCGCUCAAGCAGUUUCAUAAGAAAUGUUGGAAUAAAACUUAAAAAACACAUACUGACUGCUUCUACGUAGUUGAUAUGAGAUUGUUGAGUGUUUUUGAGGAAGAUGAGAAGGAAAGAGUGCGACUCCUGGACAUCGUACGCAUUCGAAAACUUUUCUGAGUCGAGUUUCAUCGGGCCGACAAUAGACGAGACUCUGCUGUACCUCGUCGCUCUGAUACUUCCUAGGUGUUGGCUGAUAAAGAUGGGCCUCGUCCACGAUCCCGAUCUUCAGCACGCCUGCAAAACGGCCCACUGCUCGUCCCGACAGGAAACACACAAAAAUGCAUCGGAAGGGAUCGAUAUAGCUUCAUGGUUGACGCAAGAGUAUUUACUACUGGCGGAAGAAGUCUGCAGAAAGGGUAUGGACGACAGAUUAGAAAGCAGGAGGUUCGUGCUGAACAGUCUGGCCGAACUGAUGGAAAUGAAGCAAAAGUUGGAAAACCAGAAGAAAAAACAAACCUGAAAAGUUGUCUAAAAUAUAUGCAACCUAAUCGAAUAUA